AUCCCUGAGAGGUAUAGUACCGCGAACUGCGUGGAACCGGCUAGUGGGGGGGUGUUCGAAACCUUAUAUUAGCAAAGCCCAUACUCAUUGAGACAGUUGCACCCUCGAGUGUGGACAGUGAUCGAAUCAGAACCCGAAAAUGAAAACUCUGCUCUGCUUUUGCCUCAUCCUAAGCAUAGCUUUGGCUGCCGAGAAGUCAGCCGAAAAGGCUGAAGAAAAGCCCAAGGACAAGAAGGUCGACAAGCGCGGUUUGACCGGGUUAGGCAUCGCCGGCCACGGCUUGGGAUUAGGCGGAGGACUUGGAGGAAUCGGUUUGGGAACUUUGGGAAGCGGAAUCGGUUUGGGACUCGGUGGAGCCGGUCUUGGAGGCUUGGGUCUGGGUGGAGCGGGUCUCGGUGGAGCAGGUUUAGGUGGAGCUGGUAUCGGACGUGCCAUCGAUCUCGGAGGUCACGCUCACACCCACACUACUAUCACCAGGAACCUCGGGGUUCCGGUAGCUCAACCAUAUGCCGUUCCUAUCGAUAGACCCGUCGGUGUACCAGUAGGUGUCGACGUACCGGUACCAGUUGAUCGUCCCGUCGCCGUACCAGUUCCAAGACCGGUACCAGUUACCGUUGAAAGGAACAUCGCCGUACCCGUAGACAGACCCUAUGGAGUACCAGUACCACAACCUUACGGUGUGCCGGUAGACAGACCCGUUGGUGUCGCAGUACCUCAUCCGGUACCCGUCGGUGUCCCGAGGCCCGUCGCAGUACCAGUGGCCCAACCUUACCUCGUCAAGGGUAUCCAUUAAGAGAAGAGAGGAUAUUUUCAAAAUUGUAAAAAUCAUCUUCUAGGUCAUUUUUGUAUAUACGCGAAAUAAAGUAAAUUAUUUGUAA